UCGAAGUAUGUUUGUUUUCUUAUCUUAGAAAGAACGCGAAACAUGUGAGAAGAACUUCACGCAGCGGUGCGUACUUCAAGGGUGCACUUUCAUCACUAUCUGCUAGGCGGCGCACUUAGACCUUUGUCAGAAGGAAAACAUGGCGGCCUCCGGUUGAAAAACUGAGCGACAGAGAAUCUCGUGAUACCUUUUGACGGUAUCUUUCAGUUCUGGAAGCUCGGAGUUACGUGCAAUAAUCUACACCGCCUUGGCAUGAACGAAGAUGUCUUUAGAACAAACGGAAGGAGACUUGAAGAUCGCCAGGAGCCAGCUUAGGCAACGCGACGCUCGGACAGUGGAUGCACUGGUUCACGAGCAAUGGCUGUCCACCGUCAUCAAACAGAGGUGCCUGCCCAGAAAAUGUGCCCGUCCCCAGCACCUCUCCAAGUCAGAGCAGGCACUCUUACUGCAGCCAUCCACAAAGAAGGUGCCAGCCCAGUGGAGACGAAUUAGCAUAUCCACCAUCGCAAAGACAACUGAGCCUCAAAGAGUGCCUGUUGUCGACCCCCUGUGGGACGUUAUCCGGCCGUCCCAGGGCUUCAGCCAGACCAUGCAGUGUGUGAGCGCACAGAACUACAGGGACAUGUGGCAGCAGGCCUGUCACAAGUACGGCACCAGUACUCACAGACAGGAAGGACUCACACUCACAGCACAGGAGUUUAACAAGGAGACGCAGGCACUGUUGGAACAGCUUUACUGCUGUCCAGUGGUCAGCACUGACAGGGACAGCGACAGAGACCAGGAGAGGGAACCCGCCGACGCAGCUGUUCCCAGGUGCUCCAACCUGCAGGUGGUCCUGGGCAUGUUCGAGUCCCCGACGGCCUUCUACCUGAUCCAGCCAUACCUGGAGCACACCGUGGCGGACUGCGUCGUGUUCAGCCCCGCCAUGUUUGCCAACUCGUACGCCAAACAGCUGUUUGUGCUGUACCAGAUCCUGCAUGCUGUCCUCAGCUGUCACGACCUUGGUGUGCUGUGCGGCGAGCUGUCUCUCCAGGAUCUUGCGUUGGACGGCAAGCUGUGGGUCCGACUGCCGGCGCCCGACUGCCGGAGAAGGAUAGCAAAGGCGGGCAACGUUGUCAAAAAUAACCAUGUAACAACGACAAAGGACCUGACAUGGGAGGAGUCAGAACUGAGGAGCCUGACGCACAAGUGGGUACACAGACGCUUGUCGAAUUUCGACUACCUCAUGGUUCUGAACAGGUUCGCGGGACGGAGGAUGUGCGACCCUAACCACCACCCGGUCCUCCCGUGGAUCAUGGACUUCACCCAACCGCAGGGCGGGUGGCGGGACCUUACCAGGUCAAAGUUCAGGCUGAACAAGGGCGACCACCAGUUGGACCUCAUGUACGAGUCCGACAAUGUUGUGCCGUCCGUCAGCCAUGAUGUUGGUUCCCACGCGCAUGUACCGCACCACAUCACGGACGUGCUGUCGGACAUCACGUAUUACGUGUACAAGGCGCGCAGGAUGCCGAAGACCGUGCUGUGUACCAACGUGAGGAGUAACUGGGUCCCGGAGGAGUACCCCAUGAGCAUGCAGAGGAUCUACGAGUGGUCGCCCGACGAGUGCAUCCCAGAGUUCUUCUCUGAUCCCACCAUCUUCCAGUCCCUCCACACGGACCUUCCGGACUUAGAGGUGCCAUCUUGGUGCAGCUCACCACAGGAUUUUGUAGAGAAACACCGCGCUGCGUUAGAGAGCGAGUUCAUCUCACUGAGGAUCCACCAUUGGAUAGAUCUGACGUUUGGGUACAAGCUGUCAGGCAAAGAUGCGGUGAAGGCGAAGAACGUGUGCUUCCACCUGGUGGACAACCACACGCGCCCUGUGAACCACGGCAUGGUGCAGCUGUUCCACACGCCGCACCCGCUCAGGAAGUGUGGCGCCAACAGCUUCACCUGGGAGCCUCCGCCGGUACUGCAGCUGGGCAGGGCAAAUGGCAGGAGUACUGAGGUGGAGCAGGCAAAGAUGGUGCUUGAGGAAGACAGUGACAGUUUAACAGAGAGCGGGAGGUUGGACGUGGUGGAACCAGAUGUGUUCUACCCUGAUACAGAUUCCAUAGUGAUGCAGGGAGACAGUUUCUAUGGCAACCAAGAGACUGACACACAGACAGACGGCUAUGCGGCUUUGAAAUCAGCAUUACAGGUAUUUGGUGAGACCUAUGACAGACCAGUAAAUACUGGAACUGAGGAGCCCAGUUCUCUGGAGAAAGACAAGAAGAGUGGGAGGGGGAGACCUUUCUUCAGCAGAACUAGAACAGAAACGGAGCAUACCAAGUCUGAGACCCGACCGGAGGAGGCGCCCAUCAGGCUGCCCGAGGGGUUCAACCCGCUGGCCGCCCUGGUGCAGGUGGAGAGUGAGCUCAAGUUCAUGGCCACUGGUGCACAACAUGGCCAACACAAUCAGGUGAGCAGCAGUGACCAGUCAGUGUCGGGUGAGGAGGAGGAGGAUGAGAGUACCAUCUCCACCCAUCUCCUGACCCAGGACAUCACUGCUGUGGGCUGUCUGGUGGCAGAACUGAUGUUGGGCAGUAAGCUGGGAGUCCUCAGCCCUCAGGCCAACCUGCAGGAGAGGGUCAACAACAUCAGGAAACAUGUGCUAGAAUUACCCCGGCCCAUUCAGGAAUCAGUUGAGACCAUCCUCCAGCUGGACUGGAAGGAGAAGCCAUCUUCAGGCAGAGAUGACGUGUGUGCAGGUGACGAGAUCACUUCAGCUGGCCCCCCAACCUCCACCCUGGGCUCCCUACUCAACCCCCACACCAGCCCCUUCCCCUUUCCCCCAUACUUCCCCAAACUGCACGAGUAUCUCUCUCAACAUGUACAGCAGGAAAGGUCUGCUAGACAGGUCCACCUAGUUACCAAGUGGCUUCCAGAUCUUCUACCUGAACUGAACCAGGAAGGUUUAGAACUGUUGCUGCCAUAUGUGGUGUCCUUACUUGAGAGCCCGAAGUCGGGCGCAGAGGCCACCAUUUGUAUUUUCGAUAUCUUCGCGCAGUAUUUGGGACCGGCCAUGACGAGCCGCAAGCUGCUCAGGCCGCUGACAAAUCUCAUGGACCACGGGAAUGUGUCGCUGAGUUACGUCAAGCUCUUCCACAGGACGUUUCUACUUCAGUUGCUCGUCAGGUUUGGUCUCCAGACAUUUCUGGGACAGAUCGUCGGGCUGAUCGUCGAAGCCACGGCCGAUCUCAGAGACCCGUUAGCGGAACUGACUGCGAUUGGUCGGCUCUCACCUCCGGAAGAGGACGUUGACCUCGGCAUGGAUGCGCUUCAGCCGUCGUAUGAAGAAGAUGAGCAGGAAGAUCCUCUGAUGUACGAUAAUAUCACCACGGAGACUGGGAUGUCCUUUCCCAACGUAACAAGUAGAUCAUGCACUGACGGUACAGAUAACAACUUCUCCUUAGAGAGAUACCGACAGAAUGUGGAAAGAGUCAUAAGCGAAGGAGACAGCCAAUCGCUCAACGAAGAGGGCUCCACCUUCUCCGGAGACAUCCUAUUGGACGGCACGAGCAGCGACAUAGACAGAGACGACGAGGAAACGGAGUACUCCACGUCAGAAAGAAUUUCGCUCGUAGAUUGCGGAACUGAUGAAGACUCCUUGCAGGACUUUGCCAGAUCGGCGUCAUUGGGACCGGAUCAAAAUCUAGACAUGACCGAACUGGAGAGCUCGUCUUUACGCAGAGCAGAGCCGGGCACGAGUAAGGAGAACUUUUUUGUCGGGAGUCCCGGUGGGGUGUCGGUCCACAGUGUGUCCAGACUUGUGGUCAAUGAGGGGCAGGGUAGUGAUGAGGAGGAGGAGGAGCAGAGGAGCAGUGAUACGGAGGAGGUUGGGGAUCAGCAGGAAGAUACAGGACGUAGCCAGGUGGAUAGCAGCGGUGCUGUCUACAGCCUUGUCACAUCAGGUGAAAGUGGCAAGCAAGAGGUGGACCUGAACUUAAGCAUCUUAGAGGAGUUUGAAGAAGGUUUAACCGUGGCUGACGUUGCAGCAGACAGCAUCAUGUGGCUGGCAGACCGGCUGGGACCGGCCCUGACAGGUCGCUACCUGGGGAAGAACCUGCUGAAGCUGCUGAACAACUGUUACCAGGGACCUGAACAGCAGUGUCUGGUGGAGGGGGAGGGAGCAGAACAAGCCACAGUGUCUAGCAGAACUGUGGUAGGAGACCGACACUCACGGCUGGUUUUAAAGUGCCUGACGGACAUCGUCGUGAUGUAUGGAGAGUCUGUCAUCACGUCCCAGUAUAUCCCACACAUCACAUUCAUGGUGUCGUCUGGACGCAGUAGACUGAACAGUAAGAUGGAGGCAGGUCUGAUCGGAGCCAUGGUCCUGCUGAGGCACGUGGUGCCAUUCAUGUCCGACACCACCAUCAUGGACAACCUCAAGAUGCUGGAGCGUGAUAUCCUGAAGCCGCUGAUCUCGCUGGUCUCCAACCCGUGUGUGACGUUCCCCGGGAGCGGGCAGGCGCGGGCUGUCGUGUGUUACAAACUGGUGGACGCCAUGGUGCUCGUCACCCUGCGGAUUGGGCGGGAGAUGGCGCGGGAGGAACUCAACAAACUGCUCAGACAGUUCUUCAACUGUUUUGACCUCGUACAUGGGGAAGGCAACACCACAGAAGAGAGUACUGCAAUGCCCAAGGCGUCGUCCUUCAGUCUGUCGGACUCCAUGGAGUUUGUUGAGAUAAAGAUGGACACCAACACCAACACCUACAGGAUCGGGACCCCCAUCCGUAUCAACAGCAUCAGCCCACUGUCGUCAGACCCGCGCCGCAGCAGCAGGGUGAAACUCAACGCUUCUCCUGUCAUGCCCAAUGGCCUGUAUGAUGGGGAGGUGACCAGUUCCCAGAAGGAGGCUGGUAUGGAAGAUCUAAGGGUAGUCUUCACACCAGCUUUGGCACAUGCAGCAUUUAUUCCUCUCUGUAGACUUACUGGCAGUAUCCACAUGGAGCGUAUCCUAAAGAACCAUGACCUUAUAUGGAAGCUGUCCAGCACGUAUGAGACGGCUCUCUCCACGCACAAUCUGGGGGCGCAGCCGGGCACUGAUGUCCUGUCUGAUAACGAUGAUGAGACGCCAUCGUCGGAGAACAGAACGGCGUGGUUUGUGGACAUGGGUGCAAAAGUGAGUUCUCAGGAGAAGAGUGAAGACACGCAGGAGUUUGGCUAUAACGUCCAGAUGGUUGGGAACAGGAUAGAACUGAGGUCCGACCCAGCUCCGGAACCCGCGGCUAGUGCUGCGCCCAAACCCGCCAUCCAGACCAGGCUGCAGAAGCACUUCGCGGAGGGUCCGCCCGUCAUGGACGAGACCGUCUGUCCAAGCCGCGUGGACCUCCCCAGGAGCGAACGCCAUCUGAAGGGGAACUGGCAGGCGUACUGGGACUAUGAAAUAGUCUUUGAUACAGGGCUGGGAGAAAGAGACAACGUGUUUCACUUCAAUCAGAUCAAGUUACAAACAUUUCAUGGGCACAGUAACAGUGUGCGGUCCCUUUACAUCAUGGACAUGGAGAAUGCCUUCAUGAGUGCGAGCAAGGACAAAACGGUCAAGCUGUGGUCCAUCCGUAACCAUGGUGACGGGUACAGCCGGUCGGGGUGCCGCUGGACGUACACGCAGCACAGGAAGAGUGUGUUCCACGUGGGCAUGGUGGAGCCUCUGCGACUGGCGGCUUCGUGUGAUAGUAACGUUCAUCUGUGGGACCCGUUUGUUGGAGCGAUGGUGCGAGUGUUUGACUGCUCCAGGAACCCCAUCAGUGUCCUGUCCUGCCUCCCCCCUCCCCACACUGCCAUGAUCGCUGCCACAGCGGAAGCUACACUCAGAUUUAUAGACGGCAGAACGGCCAACUUUCAGCACGAGUUCCGAGUCACAGGAGGACAGUCAAUGGGUCUGAUCCGGUGCCUGUGUGUGAGUCCGUCAGGCACGUGGAUGGCUGUGGGGUUCUCCUCAGGUGUAGUGUCUGCCCUGGACGUUAGAACAGGCACUAUCAUCAAGAUUUGGCGGGCACACGAGGGAGAGAUUCUCCAGAUGAAAGCCUAUGACAACAACAGCUUCAUCUCCUCAUCAGUGGACCACAAUAUUGUUCUGUGGAGAGGGUUUGAUGGCAAACCCGCAUGCUUGUUCAAAGGACACAGUGAGCCGGCCCAUGCCCUCUGUCUUUACAACAACCAGGUGAUCUCUGCUACUGCCUCCAACAAGAUUGGCAUCCACAGUGCCUUAAACAGUAAGGCAUCCUUCACCCUGACCAAGCUCCGCUCGGAGGCUUUUAAGGGUGUGAUGACAGCGGCCACAGUGCUUCCUCUGAACAGACUCCUUCUCCUUGCCUCGGACAGCGGCAGCAUUCGCCUACUUGCAUAGCUAGGGCAGCUGGCUCAAUACGCAUUCCAUUUACUGCUGUGUUGAGGACAUUUUCUUUCAUUCUGUAUCUUACAUGUCUUAAGGGCUGUGUUUUUUUAUAAGGAGAUUUUGUAGAAACCUGACUUUUACACCUGAAGCUGUUGGAUAAGGAAAGGGAUUAUGAUAAAUACCAGUAAGCAUCUUGCAUAUUAUCAUAUUUCAAUGCUCCAAGAAACUGAUGUAACAAAAUAAGUAUUAAUGUGAAAUUUCUAUAAAAUGGAACACUAUUUUAUGCCUCUUCUGAAAGACAGAUGCAGCCCCAACCAAAAUGCCCUAACCAGGAUUGAACCAGGGUCUUCCAUUUGCAUACCAACUAAUUGGAAGCAGAAGCUCAAUUGUGAGGUUGUUAGCUGUUUAUCUAUAGAGACAUCCCACUUGCUUCCAGGUGCUCUGACAUAAAUCAUUAAAUGGACAUGUCUUAACAGUUACCAAAUCAUAAAGUGUAUUGCAUAACCCACAGUGCUUGUUCAAUAUGCAAGUAUUAACAAGUCUUUUACUUCGAGACUAUAUGCCAGUAUAUCAGAUUUUGUAGCUGUAUAUGAUCAGAACUGUACGCCAGUUAUUAUCUUGUAGUCUAGUGUUAUUGUCAGUACAUUGGCUAUUGGUAUUGUAGGCUAUCUCCAUAUCUAUUGGUCAGAAUGCAUUGGCUUGUUAUUUGCUGAUGUCAAGCUCUUUUGGCCAUCAAAGGAAAGAAAAUUAAACUUGGGUACUAGUGAAAUUUCGAAUCUAUGAUCAGAGCUAGAAUGUAUCUUUGUCUCAGUGUGUUUCUUUGUAGAGUCAAACAGCAAUAACAAAACUGAUGUGUUAUGUUCUGAUGCAUCUAUAUAAUACAUACAGGGCUAUUCAAAUAUUCAGUGUUGCCAUAUGCUUUUACCAGUAUCACCAUAAGUGGCAAGAGUUCAGAAUAUAUAAGAUUACGUCUACUAGGUACUGUACAAUACUAUGCUGCAGAACAUGUACUCUGUCUUGAGAGAGGGUCAGCAUGGGGGUCCCCACAACAAUUUACGCUGAAUUCAGAAGAUCCCCAUAUGUACGACAUUACGCCAAAAUCAAGGAAGGCAGUUACGCAAAAUUUGUUGGCCUCAACUUACGUGAGCAAGAUGAAUUCCCAGGAAUUAUGGGAAAUCACAAAAAUGUUGCCUACGCCUUACUGAAAAGAGCAUGCCGAAUCCGACCCUCUUGACAUUGUCAUGGUAUAUUAUGGUUGCCUCAUUACACAUUAUGUGAACGAGAAGGAUUUCCAUGAAUUGUAAAUCAAAAUAGUCUGCCUAUGCCUUAUGCAAAAGAGCUUGCAGACCCUUUGGAGAGGGUGAAUGUAUAUUGAGGUUUAAUGAUAAACAAAUUGAUGUUAGACAAUGCAAUGAUUUCUGUGCAACAAAGUCACACAAUUUCCUUGUACAUGUAGUGUGAUUUAUUAUGAUCAAAAUGUACAUUUGGCAGUGCCAAAUAUGUGUUGCUGGAAGUAGUAUACAAGACAAUGAAAUGCAAUUAAUUGUUUUAAGUGAACGUUUUGUUAGGGGAAUAUUGUCUGUUCAUCAAGGUCUUAGAAAUCAUGGAAAGCUUGUGUCAAGCUUGAUUGGUGCUGAAUGCUACAUCAUGUAUUUAUCUUUGUCAAACUUAAGACCUUAUUAUAUAUCUGUGGAAAAGCUAUUUGGUGAAUGAUGUACAAUUGAUACAGAGAAUAAAUUAUGAAGAAUCUGGGUAGCUGGGCUCAGAGUUAUUGUUAUAAUUGUUUGGCAACUCUGGCCGAUAUGUUUGUUUGUUUUUUCAUACUUGCCAUUUUGUGGGCUGGUUUAUUAUUAUAAUGUAGGGUUUGGUUGACAAAUACCAUAGUUACUUCACAGAGGAUCGUGCUAAUCUCCAUGCAGAUCCUACGGUAGCAUAAGAUAGUAUCAAAAGCUGGCAGAGGAGUCAAGCCGGCCUUAGGAGUGUGUUUCGCUACCGGAGAUCUGCCUGCACUGAAACAGGGAGGAGCAUUUCUAUUCAACAAUGGUGUUGCUGCCCCUCCCCGUAGCCAUGUGCUAAUGAUUUUACGAGCGACUUACACCACUGACCAGCACAUGUCGCUAGCCUGAUUGUUAAUACUGUUAUUAUUUGUAAAAUAGAUUAGUUUCUUAGAUUUUUAGAUACUAGCAACUCAUGUCAAACUGUUCUGUAUGUAUUGUAUGUACAAGUUGCCACACAUUGUAUCCUUUACAGUUGUCGUGCAAAUAAAGUUCUAUGUCCCAGU